AGCUCCAUCAAUAAUCACCAACCUCGAAUUAAAACAACAGCCUUGAGCAACUUCCAAAUCUCCAAAUUCAAACCUCACCACCUCACCACCUCACCACCUCACCAUCAUAACCAUCACCAUGGCAAACGGGUAUGCUUAUUCCUAGUCUUCCGAUCAUUCCAAUCAUAUCAAUGCGAGAGCGAAAAACACGGCUAACACGAUGGUUUGAAUAGCGGGAGUAUCAUCAUCGGCCUCAUCAUCACUGCGAUCGCCUCUGUUAUAGCAUGGUUCCUUUCUCCUAAAGGCGAGACUCAAACGUAUGUAUCUAUAGCGCUCUAUCCUAUCAUAUGGAAUUCGCAGUAGCGGGAUAUAAACUGGCAAAACUUCAAGGUAUCGGUGACUAAUUUGGUGGUAUAUAGAAUCUGGCGCAGUUCACUCAUCCUCUCCUUCGCAAGUUGUUACAUCAUGUGGGGUACGUACUCCAAUCGCAUCAAACCAUAACUACACGGAUUGGAAAAUAGGAGGAAAGAGUAAAAAAAUUGAUACUAAUGAUGAUAAUAGCGAUUACGUUCUUGGCGCAAUGGCAUCCACUUAUUGUGCCCCGAAGAGGAGACUUGAGACCGGAAUAUGCGAGACAUAUGAGUGGUUAUUAGGGAUGGACAAACUUGAUGAUAUGAUGGCAGAGAGAGGAAGAAGAAGAAUGAAAUGUAUUAUUUGGCGUUCUUGGGAUGGGUUCGACGUUCGACUCUAAUGGAGUAAUGAAAUAAGGCUCGUGUAUAGUUAUAGGGGUUUUUGUGGUAAUGGAAGCUUUUCAACACUCCGGCUCUGAAUCUGGAUUCCAAAUGGUCUGCCUCCACGGCAGUGGCCCCCGGAG